AUGUUGGUUGAAGAGGUUCCUAAAACCAGUGGCGCAAACGCUUCUACGAUAUAUUUUAGCUCAUCCGUAAACCUCACGGCGAGGCUGAUGGGAAAGGAUAGAUACUGGCAUGACGAGAGUGGCGAAGGACCACCGAACAAGAAAGGAAGAACAAAAGUAAAUUACAAUCUCAACCAAUUAUUCAAUGCGCAAACACAAGCAAAUAAUGAUGCUAAGAUUAAUGGCCCUUCAAAAUCAGCCCGGCAAAUACAAUUAGAAAAGGUGGUGCAAAAAAGGUUGGUGGAGCUAAAUCAAGAAUCCUCUACUAAGGGAUUCGAGUUGCCUAAAAAUUUUGCCUACACAAGUAUCCACUCCUCCAGAGAUAACCGAAAUAGCUCACAAAAGUCGAGACAAGGGAAUACCCCAUCUACAAAGAGAAUAUUGGCAGCUCGAAGAAAUUUGAAUCUGUACUACGAAGAGGAGAGAAAUUUAAUAUCGAUCAAUACCAUCCUCUCGUCGAAUUUUCAAUUUAUUGACGUAAUUGACUCUAGAGAUGUUAAAAACAAAAUUCCGGAAAGAUCAAGACCAAGAGUAAGAUUGUGCUGUAUUUGUGGCUCGAAAUCAAAUUAUUCGAGAUGCCCGCUUUGUGGGUUGUAUUAUUGUACUGUAAAGUGCAAUAAAUUACACCAGGAGCUGAGAUGUGCAUAA